AUGGAUAAUACUGAAGCAGUUACAGGUGAAGUAAGGAAAACGACCGGAGAAGCUAAAACAGCAGUGAUCAAGGCUGAAUAUGGGCCUUGGAUUUAUGUCCAGUUUAAGAACAGACGGGCUUUUAAAGGAGGAGAUGGGUAUAGAAAUAACAAUUCUAGUAAGAUCAAUGUGAAUGAUAACUUGAUAAAGAAAAUGAAUUCAGUUCUAGGGAUUAGUGCAAACAGAGGAGUAACAUUUGAAAGCAGUAAAACAAGAAUUUGGCUGAAUAAUUCAUUUGCGGUUUUAAAUGAAGAUAAUGUUGCAGAUUGUCUUGGGGAGCAGGAAGAUUCUGUUAAGAUGCUGAAUAAGGGAAAGGAAGGUAUGAAUGUUGAUGCUGUGAAUGAUGUUAAGCCCAGUAUGAAUGGUUCUGCUAGAGUCAGACUUGCCAAGGAGCUGAAAUCUUUGGGGCCGGUUAAUCAAGAAGUGAAGAAAAAAGGGGCUAGGAAGAAGGAAGCUACUCUGUAUUUAAAAGAGGUGGUUAAGGAUCAUGAUAUUUUUUUCAUUGGCCUUAUGGAGACUAAGAUGAGUAAUAUCAAUAGGAAGGAUGUUGAUGUUCUAAUCGGUAAGGAUUGGGAUUAUUAUCAUUUUCCUGAGGUGGGCCUUUUUGGUGGCAUCUUAGUGUUAUGGAAUAUGAAGAUUGGGAAUUUUGUGAUUACAGAUACUUCUUCUCAGGUGAUUGUGGGAGAUUUAUCUAUCCCUAGUAUGGGGAUAUGGAUGAUUGCUACUGUUUAUGGUAGUAGAUGUUGCAAGGAGCGUGAAAAUCUUUGGAGCUUGUUGGAUAAAUGUAUGGUGAGUUCUAAUCCCUCUAUCAUUGGAGGAGAUUUCAAUUGUGUGCUUAACAAAGAAGAGAAAAGAGGUGGUAAAAGGUUCCUUUUCACCAAAGGACCUAGAGAUAUGAAGGGUUUUAUGACUAGUUGUGAUUUUCAUGACGUGGGGAUUAUUGGACCAAGGUUUACUUGGUGUAAUAAUAAGGAAGGGACAUCCAGGAUUUGGGAGAGGCUGGACAGAUGUCUGCUGAAUUCUACUGCUCUUCAAUUGCUUCGUUCGACUGCUACUAGGCAUCUUGCUAGGGUGGCUUCAGACCAUAGUCCUAUUGCCUUCAAGGUGAAUGACAAGGAGCGUGUAAAGUCUAGAAUCAUUAGAUUUGAAGAUACUUGGAGGAUGUAUCCAGCUGGUAGAAGUAUUGUAUAUCACUCUAGGAUGAAUAAUGAUAUUGGUGAGGAAGGUAUGGUUCUUCAAAGGAAGAUUAAUAGAACUUUGAAAGCUCUCUUUUUUUGGAGUAAAAGCAAAUGCAAAGAUCUAAAUGAACUUAAGGAAAAGCUGAAGAUGGAUAUUAUGGAGCUUCAACUUAAGAAAGCUAUGGGUAAUGAUUGGUCAGCUCAAGACCUUAUUUUACUAAGAAGUAAAAUACAUGAACUUAAUGUAACCUUGAAGAGGCUGUCAACAUGGUGGAACCAAAGAGCUAAAGAUAGGUGGCUUGAGGAAGCAAAUGUUAAAAAAGCUUCAUUAUCUUGGAAUGCUAUCAAUAGUUUUCUUACUAAUGGUUGUAUGAGGAAGGAUUGGAAAGAUACUUUAAUAGUAUUGAUUGCUAAAGUAAAGAAUCACUUGCUCCCUUCCAACUAUCGUCCUAUUAGCCUUUGUCAAACCAAUUACAAGGUUGUAGCUACAAUGCUAGUUAAUAGAUUGAAGAUGUGUAUGCCCAAGCUAAUUACUGAGGAACAAAUGGCGUUUAUCCCUAGGAGAUCUAUCUCUGAGCAUUGUCUCUUGGCUCAGGAGAUUUUUCACAAGUUCAAAGUUUUCAGAAAUAGGAAGGGGAUGAUGGCUUUGAAGCUUGAUAUGGAGCAAGCAUACGACAGUUUGGGGUGGCCUACUCUUGAUAAUGUCCUCAAAUGGUAUGGCUUCCCUUCUGGUUAUGCUAAUCUUAUUAUGGAAUGCAUUAUUGAUGUGAGGUUCUCUAUUAUCAUAAAUGGGAGGAUUUCCAAAUGGAUCAUGGCUCAUAGUGAUUUCCGACAAGGGUGCCCAUUAUCCCCUUAUCUUUACAUCAUGUGUUCUCAAUUGAUGUCUAAUUCCAUUUAUAAAAGGGGUCUUAAUAUUGGUAUUCAAAUCUCUCCUAAAGGACCUAGAAUUACUCAACUCUUAUAUGCCGAUGACGUUAUUAUCUUCUCACAUGACUCUAAGGAAAUUGCAAAGGAAGUGAAGGAUAUUGUUGAUGAUUUUU